CACCACAACGAGCAAAAACACAAUAGAGUGUUCAGAGAGCUCCAACGCACAAAACCGCCGAGCAUUUGAGGAGUUGUUUUUAUUCUGGAGACGACCGGAUGAUAGUCUGUCGUGCGCAUCGAGGGCAGUGUCGCGAACGUCUUAAAGAAAGCGACCUAGUCAGCGACUCAGCUCCAAAUUCGGUAACCUCGUUCUUGUUGUUGUUCCGUUCCUAACAAUUUUAAGACGUUCGACUGCUGCUAUGUCGACUGAACAGAACAACAUGGCCGAAUCUGGUGAUGUCGAUAUCAAUCGACCCUUCCGCUUCGUGGGAGUCAACUUCCAUCGUUGGAGACAAAAGAUGGAGUUCUACCUGACGACCAAGAAGUUGGCACACUGCCUCACCAGCAUGCCCGUCGAGCAGCCGGAAGAAGCGACCGAUGAGGAGAGGGCUACUUCUGCUAAGGAAAGGGAGCAUGACUUCCUGUGGAAGAACUACAUCCUCAACGGCUUGGCCGAUGAUCUCUACGACUACUAUGCAGACAACAAGAAUAUUGCAAUGAUGGUCUGGGAUGCGCUCCAAAAGAAGUACGACACAGAUGAGGUUGGAGCUAAGAAGUAUGAUGUCAGCCUCUACCUGCGCUACCUGAUGGUGGAUGACAAGUCCGUCAAAGUUCAAUCCCACAAACUUCAAAAAAUAGCUCAUAAGAUCGUUUUUGAAGUUACGCCUCUGAAUGAUCAGUUUCAAGUUGCUUGCAUUAUUGAUAAGCUGCCCCCUUCGUGGAAAGAUUUUAAGAAUAUGCUUAGACAUAAAACUAAAGAAUUUUCACUAGAAAUCUUGAUUACUCGCCUAAGGAUUGAGGAAGAGUCCCGCAAGCAGGAUAUGAAAGAAGAGGUGAUGGUCAUCACUGCUAAACGAACCACCCCUGGAGCUUUUAAACCUAACCAGAAAGGUUUCAAUAGUAAGAACCAGCAUGUCCGCCCCCGCCAGAAUGGUGCCUCUCGAGGUAACCAAAGGGUCAUGGCCCAAACCUCUAAGAAUGGCCCACCAUUUAUCUGCUAUAACUGCGGUAAACCAGGUCAUAUGGCAAAAAAAUGCCGGAACAAGCAUAACCCUGCUGCAGCGGCCAGGGUUAACUUGGGAGAAGAGUACUUGGUAUCCAUGAUCACAGAUAUGAUCGCUGAAGUCAACCUCACCGGUGACUCAUAAGGAUGGUGGCUGGAUACAGGUGCAUCGAAGCAUGUAUGCAAUAAUCGUGCUAUGUUUAAAACAUACACAAAAGCACCUGCUGACAAGAAAGUGCUGCUGAGGACUACCCACACCACUAUGGUUGCUGGUUCUGGUGAAGUGGAGCUGAACUUCACCUCUAGGAAGAAGAUGGUUCUCAAGGAUGUGUUGCACACUCCAGAGAUAAGAAAGAAUCUUGUUUUAGGAUAUCUUCUUAAUAAGGCUAGGUUUAAUCAAUCUUUUGGGACAGACUUGUAUACCUUUACUAAGAAUGGGAGUUGUGUGGGAAAGGAAUAUGCAUGUAAUGGGAUGUUCAAGUUGAAUGUCGAAAUUAAUAAGAUGAAUUCUUCAGUUUACAUGCUGUGUGAUUUGAAUGUUUGGCAUGCUCGUCUUUGUCAUGUGAACACACGAAUUGUGAAGAAUUUAAGCAAGUUAGGACAUAUCCCUAAACUCUCAAUGAAUGAAUUUGAUAAAUGUGAUUUCUGUAGCCAAGCCAAGAUAACGAAAACGCCCCAUAAAUAUGUGAGUAGAGAAUCAGAACCCUUAGAUCUGAUUCAUUCUGAUAUUUGUGAACUAGAUGGGACAUUAACUAGAUCUGACAAGAGAUACUUUAUCACUUUCAUAGAUGAUUGCUCUGAUUAUUGCCUUGUUUAUUUGAUGAAAAACAAAAGUGAAGCCCUUGAUAUUUUCAAGGUAUUUGUGGUUGAAUUUGAAAAUCAGUGUAAUCGAAAGAUAAAAAGACUUAAGAGUGAUAGAGGAUCAGAGUAUGACUCUAAUACCUUCAAUGAAUUCUAAAGCUCACCUGGUAUCAUUCAUGAAACCACAACACCAUAUUCACAAGAAAUGAAUGGUAAAGCUGAGCGGAACAGUAGGACGUUUACAGAAUUAGUUGUGGCUAUUAUGCUCCAUUCUAGAGCUGCUUCUUCUUGGUGGGGUGAUAUUUUGUUGACGGUUUUCUAUGUGCUAAAUCGUCUUCCAAAAACAAAUAGAAAAGAAUCACCCUAUGAGAUCUUGAAGAAUAAGCCACCUAAUCUUUCCUAUUUAAGAACGCGGGGCUGUUUGGCCUACGUAAGAAUUCCGGAUCCUAAGAGGAUUAAGUUGGCUAGUCGAGCAUAUGAAUGUGUCUUCGUUGGCUAUGCGGACAAUAGUAAGACUUAUAGAUUAUGUGAUUUGAAUGCUUGUACUAUAAUAGAAUCCAUUGAUGCUGAUUUCUUUGAGACACGAUUCCCAUUUAAGACGAGAAAUAGUGGGGGUAAUGUACUACCCGCUAUUAGAGAUAACAGAACUAAUGGGGGUAUUGGAUCUAAGGAUGAACUCAGAAGAAGAAAAAGAGCUAGAAUCUCUAAAUAUUUUGGUGAUUACUUUACUAUAUAGUAUACACUCUCGAAGAUCCCAAAAGUUUGCAAGAAGCUUUAACUUCCAUAGAUGAAGAUUUUUGGAAUGAGGCCGUUAUAGAUGAAAUGGAAUCGUUGGAAGCCAAUAAGACUUGGCAUCUAACAGACUUACCUCCUGGAUACAAAGUCUUAGGUAAUAAAUGGGUUCUAAAAAAGAAACGGAAACCUGAUGG